AUGUUAGUCAAUGAAACUGCAGGCUUAAACCAUACAGUUAAUAACAUAGUCUUGAACCAUGACAGUUCUGAACUAUGCCUCCCCUCUUGGAUUCUAAACGCCGUCAACGUCCAGUCUGCGUACAUCAGUGACACUGUGAUAACGGUCGUCAACAUCCCAUUUGCCAUAUUUGCCGUGGUUGCUAACCUGGCUGUUAUAGUCACCAUAAUCCGUUCUCCCCCACUCCACCGCCCAGUUAACGUGUUGCUGUGUAGCCUGGCUGCCUCUGAUUGUCUAACCGGCCUAGUUGUUCAACCUGUGUACAUAGCAUGGCGCUUUCUGCUGCAUCACAUUAAAGACCCUUGCGAAUUGGUUCAUCUCUACCAAGCCAGUAAAUCUCUUCCUGCCCUGCUUGUCGGUUGCACCUUCGUGAACUUGGCAAUAAUGAGCGUCGAAAGGUUGUAUGCUGUUUCGAAGCCUCUUUCUUAUUCAGCCAAAGUAACACUGAGAGGUAUGAAGGAUUGUAGCAGACCCCUGCAGAAAUGGAAUUUGUUUUGGGUUCCUAUUCUGGGAAAAUUAUUUGGUCUAUUCUAGUCUAUUCUAUUCUUUACAAAGUACACAAAAAAUUCCAUUUUAGGGUUCUUAAAGUGGUAUCGGACUUGUUUAAAAUUGUUUAACCAUAUUCAGGCCGGCCUUUUUUUCUCUUUUCUCCUCCCUUCUGUUAUUUUUUAUUUAUUUUUUUUCUGAGGGGGGCGGGGGGAAUAAUUAAAAACCCACGAGAAACCCAAGCACGCGAACUGCGAUAAAUGUAAGCCCGAGAAGAAAAAAGAGAGAGACUGCUGACUCUUUCGUUCUGUCUGGGGACAACUACACUCUAAAGAUAAUUAAACAAUUAAACCCGGCCGGCGAGUUCCUAUUAAAACGAUUUAUAAAUGGAACGUUAACAACUGAAAAUUUACACUUUUUUUAGUUCCUUUCCCUUGAGGAAAUUUAUAGCAGUUUCCUCCUGUAAGAUUUCCUUGAACGUUUUUAAUUAGUUUACAAGUGAUUACUGCUUAGUUCGUUAUUGUUCGUAGUUAGUUGUAACGCUUGACUAUUUUUAUCGCUUGCAAUCACACCCAGACCAGUUAAUGAUCUCUCAAUACAUUAUAAUAAUUCAAUACGUAAAAAAUAAUGAUAAAGCCUUUUAUGUAGAACUUCUUCAAAUCUUGUAAAACAUGGUGCGCUGUUAAUACUCGAUUGCCAUGGUAACGUCAAUGUUGACGUACAACGCACACGACUUUAAAAUGUUUCUAGAUAAAUCUUGAGAAAAAGUCGCCAGGUUUGGCGGUCAUUGCCUAAACGGGAUUAAAGCUAUUAAACCUUUUUAGCGAGGUGGGGGCAACUCCAAAGCCUCUCCGGUCUAAACUGGCAAUUAAAGCUAAGUAUCAGGCCUCCUUUCAGUUUACAGGGAAAGGUACAAAGAAAUCAUGUGACUGGGUCUCCUUUAUUACUUAAUGACGUACAUACAGGACUAAUUCGUACUAAUCAUCUUAAGCGAAACUGAAGAACUGAUUAGAAGAAUUGAACACACACACAAAAAAAACGUAUGCUGCUCUUUCAAUUUCUGCGCCUCGAAGACAGUGAGUGAAAUGGUAACGUCAUUACAUAUAUCGCUGAGAACACCUGGAAAAUACUUUUCAAUUUGAAGACUAAUCAAAACAAUCCCUUCCUAAUCCCGCAAAUUUAGCCCGUGACCAAUGCUUAAACAAACUGGAUUCUUAAAGUUAUACGAAACUUUUGUUUCAGGAAUGGUGAAGAUUGUCGUCAGUGCAUGGGUGAUCUGGUUCAUCAAUAUAAUCCUUAUGGAAAGCACUGUACCUGAGGGGAUCUACCAACCGCUGGAAAAUAUCACGAUCAUUUCAAUGAUGGUCAUAAUCACUGGAGGGCACGUUUUGACCUUCCAGGCAAUCCGUAACAACAACAGAAAGAUCUUUAAUGCCACCCACAACUCUCAACAAGCGAUCCUCUUUAAAAGAGAGAAAAAAGCGUUUAAAGACAUGACAUUUUACACAGUGGCGACGUUACUGUCCCUUCUUCCUCUUCUAGUGCUGCUAAAUCAUGUGGAAAACAGUAUUGUUUCAGGACACAUUCUGUUCCCUUGGGCCCAAAUCUUCUCCCAGCAAAUAUCCAGUAUAAACCCAGUAAUUCAGAUUCAAAGAAAUGCCGCUUUGAGGCAGGCACUAAAGAUGGCCCUGUGA